GCAUCCGAGGGGAAAGCGUCCAGAGAGGAGAGAGCGCAAGUCCGUCGGAAACGAAUGGGAAAAUAUCCCAAUUGGUUGCCGUAGCCAACAGCUUCCCGCUCCGCGUCCCGCCGCGUCUUUGCUAGGCUGUCGCCUUGCAAAUUUGCCCAUCGUCGACCGACCGACAGUUUCCCCAGCGCAGUGAAGUAGUGGACGAACCGCCGUCUGUGUGGAUUUUUCCUUCACUCGGAGGUUUUGAGCGACGGUUGGACUCAGUGGCCUCUGUCUCGCUUCGGGUCGGGAAUGGUUUGUUGUGCUUCCCUCGCCGCGCCGCGCCGCCCGCCGGCCCACGAGCUGCCGUUCACAGCGGCCGUGCCGCCGCAUGGGAUGACAGUUCAUUGCCGUUGGUGUUGUUGUCGUUUUCAAUAUUCGGUGCGGCGGGCGCUAGCGCUAGCCGCGCUUCCUAGCGGAUGACUUGGGAAAAUUGCACAUGGCCGCCGAUACGGGACGUCAAAAGUAGUCGGUCCAGGAGGAAAUCGGUGGUUUUAGAAGAUUAUUACAUUUUUUGGAUACUUAGAAUUGGCUGCUGGUAGCCACUGUCAUCCAUCAUGACAACAAGCAGCGAAGACGUGCUCCUGCAAAUGGGGGAAGUGCGUUACAAAAAAGGCGAUGGCACGCUCUACGUGAUGAACGAGCGUCUCGCCUGGAUGGCUGAGAACCGCGACACAGUAGCGGUCUCGCAUCGUUUUCAAGAUAUCAAAAUGCAAAAGAUUUCACCGGAAGGGAAGCCAAAGGUGCAACUACAGGCAGUUCUCCACGACGGCAACAGUUCAACAUUUCAUUUCGUCAAUCGUAAUGGGCAACAGGCACAAAUAGCUGAUCGCGAUAAAGUCAAAGAGUUACUUCAACAACUUUUACCAAAUUUCAAAAGGAAAGUCGAUAAGGAGCUGGAGGAGAAAAAUCGAAUAUUGUCUGAGAAUCCACACCUUCUACAGUUGUAUAAGGAUUUGGUGAUAACAAAGGUGUUGACUAGCGAGGAGUUUUGGGGGACACAUGCGAAAUCAUACACGGAAAACAAGAAUGCAAAGAAACAGGAAAUUGGUGUAUCGGGUGCCUUUUUAGCAGAUAUAAAACCGCAAACGGAUGGUUGUAAUGGCCUCAAAUAUAAUUUAACGGCUGACAUCAUUAACUGUAUAUUUAAGACAUAUCCGGCUGUGAAGCGUAAACAUCAAGAAAACGUCCCAUCGAAAAUGACUGAAUCUGAGUUUUGGACGAAAUUUUUCCAAUCGCAUUAUUUCCAUCGUGAUCGUUUGACGGCCGGGACCAAAGAUAUUUUCACGGAAUGUGGAAAAAUUGAUGAUCAAACUUUGAAGGCUGCUGUACAGCAAGGACCAGAAGAUCCUCUGUUGGAUUUACGACAAUUCGAGGACAACAGCUUGGAGGAAGGUUUCGGCGGUGCAGCCUCAGAUAAAAAUGGAGUGAAUAGUGGUAACAUUGUUCAUCAAAGUAUGAUAAAACGCUUCAAUCAACAUUCGAUUAUGGUGCUUAAAACUUGCACCAAUGUGACGGAAUCGCCCACCAAACAAAAUGGUAGCACGGAUUCUUCAAAAGCAGCCAUUGAUGCUAAUAAAAAUGACCUCAAUUUGAACGGUAUCAAAGAAAAAAAGAAAAGCCAUAAACUGAACCACAGCGAAAACAAUCACGUGGGAUCACAAGACCAAGUGGACUCUGCGGAUUUGGUAUCUAAACCAAAACGACAGCGUAUUCUUGAAAAGAUAUCAUAUGAUGAUCUGGGAGCUCCUGUAUUGAAUGGUGACAUAGUAGACUGUGCUACGGCCAAUCAGAAUUUAACCAAGACACAACAGCUCAAUCUGGCUAAAGUAGAGCGUUAUCUACACGGACCAGUACCAAUUGCUGGCGAGCCGCAAGAAGAAGCGCAGGAAUUGAACUUAAACAUGACUCAGUAUCAAAUCUGUCAAGAUUCCGAAUCAUGGGGACAACGGACACCGCAUAAAGUGUUGGUUAGUGCCACGGCGGCUGUGAAUGCACUUGGAGAAUUGAGUCCUGGUGGCGCACUGAUGCGCGGUUUCCAAGAACAAUCAUUGGCACAACUUGUACCACCUGACGUUGAGAAAGAGCUACGCUCCAUAUACCUCUCUCUUAGUGAAUUGCUACGUCAUUUCUGGCGUUCAUUUCCACCCACCACGCCUGAGCUAGAAGCACGUGCUGUUCGAAUGCAUGAAUCAUUGCAGCGCUUCCAAAUGGCCAAAAUUACUCCAUUCGAGGAUCGUGUAAUGCGUGAGCUGUCGCCUCUUGGGAACACAUUAACCCAACAUUUGAAUCAAUUGCUACAAGCUGCCGCUCGUAAGUUCGCCACAUGGCAAGAGAGAAGAAUGCGCCAACAUCGGUAGCAGCAAGCCUAUAUAAUUUAAUUUUUGUUCCGUUACUCUUUCGAGAUGGCUUGCGCUACUUGAAUCAUUUACUUUUGUUUUGGUGAAAUAGCAAAAAGCGAAUGAUCACGGUACAUUCUCACUUUCAAUAUUCCUUCUUGAUCUUUUGCCAUUCAUAUCGCAUUUUGUAAAAAGAAAUAGGAUUAAGAUAGAUAUCGACACAAAUCAAAUCGAAGCGAACAAACACAAUGUCAACAUUUCUUGUUAAAUAUUCAACUGAACAUACGGCAUUGUAGUGUGGACCAACGCAGUUGACCUACAGCCGGUUUCCAUGCUCAUGCAAACAAGUAACGAGUACGCAGCAGAUGCUCUGUUGCCCAUCAUAACCGCCAAUUGUGUAAGCAAUACAAAUGCAAAUGUUUAUUUUUUUUUCUUUUUGAGAGACAGCCGUUAUUUCCUCUCAUCGUUUUGAAUACUUGAAAAGUACAUAUUGCAGUAACAAGUGGAUAUCUAAGAAAAUAUCUAAUCUUGGAAAGUGAUAGAGAAAAGCAUUAUCGUUGAGUUCUCAAUUAAAUGUUUCGAAUUGAAAUUUCUUAUAUUACCGGCGUUUGGUUCGAGCCGAUCAGCUGUUAUAUCUAAAAUUUUCGGCGUGUAUAUACUAGGAAGUUAGCGACAAAAAUUCAGCAGGACUCUGUUUUUCCAUAAAACUGAAUUAACGGGUGAAAGUUAUUCUCAUGCUUCGGACAAGUACAUGGUCGGGAGGCAAAAACUUUGUAAAUAGCGUUUUCAUUAUUUAGAAAUUUCAUUCUUUGUUUCGUUUAGAUUUGUAAUAACAUAAAUUAUUCCAAAAUAUUAUAAGUGAACUCUCACAAUUAAAAUAAAUGUCGACGGAAAUGGAAGAUGUAAGCAAAGAAAUUUUAUUAAGUGAAUGAGUAGAUGAAGUUACCUUAUUUCAUGAUUGAUUUUUAUGAGAAAAAUAUAAAUAUGAAACAAUA